UGCUAUUCAGUUCGCGAGAGCAUCAGUUGGUCGGCGGUUCGUAACAGCGCACGUUACGUUUUUAACGGACGAGCGGAUUAACGUCGGUAUCGACAAGUUUAUCACCCAAGCCAAAACCAAUUGUCAAUCGCAGACGAUAGCGCGGCGCAUUUGCCAAUCGAAGUGAUAUCAUUGGGCUGUGGUUAAUGUUUUUAAUGCUUUCUGGCCGCCCUGCAAUGCCGUCGGCUUUUGGUCUCCGUGAACUUUCGAGCUGAAGACCUAAGCCCUCAAACUGAUGUCCACCUUGGCCAGCAGUCGACCGCCCCCGCUCAAGCUGACUAUUCCCUCCUUGGAGGAGGCUGAGGACCACGCGCAGGAGAGGAGAGCGGGCGGAGGUGGCCACGAAGUGGGGGAAAUGCAUCCGGAUUGCUUGCCCCUACCGCUUGUCCAGCCGGGCAGCUCGCCGCAAGUGCGCGAGGAGGAGGAGGACGAGCAGACGGAGUGCGAGGAGCAGCUGAACAUCGAGGAUGAGGAGGCCGAGGAGGAGCACGAUCUGGACCUGGAGGAUCCAGCCAGCUGCUGCAGUGAGAACAGUGUGCUGAGCGUGGGCCAGGAGCAAUCGGAGGCAGCACAGGCGGCGCUAUCCGCUCAAGCUCAGGCCAGGCAGAGGCUUUUGAUUAGCCAAAUCUACCGACCGUCGGCAUUCAGCAGCACCGCCGCCACCACUGUUCUGCCGCCCAGCGAAGGUCCACCCUUUUCGCCCGAGGAUCUACUGCAACUGCCGCCCUCCACGGGUACCUUCCAGGAGGAGUUCCUGCGUAAGUCCCAGCUCUAUGCCGAGGAGCUGAUGAAGCAGCAGAUGCAUCUGAUGGCCGCCGCCAGGGUGAAUGCUCUUACGGCAGCGGCGGCGGGCAAACAGCUGCAAAUGGCCAUGGCGGCAGCGGCGGUGGCCACAGUGCCCAGCGGUCAGGAUGCACUGGCUCAGCUGACGGCCACGGCACUGGGCCUGGGGCCAGGUGGAGCCGCGCAUCCCCAUCAGCAAUUGCUGCUGCAAAGGGAUCAGGUCCACCACCAUCAUCACAUGCAGAAUCACCUGAAUAACAAUGAAAAUCUGCACGAACGCGCACUCAAAUUCAGCAUAGACAAUAUUCUGAAGGCGGACUUUGGCUCCAGAUUGCCCAAGAUGGGCGCCUUAAGUGGCAACAUCGGUGCUGGCAGUGUGAGUGGCAGCAGUACUGGCAGCAGUAAGAAUUCUGCGACCACCAAUGGCAACAGAUCUCCCCUCAAGGCGCCCAAGAAGUCUGGAAAGCCACUGAAUCUGGCCCAAAGCAACGCCGUCGCCAAUUCGAGCUUGAGCUUCUCCAGCUCGCUGGCGAAUAUCUGCAGCAACAGCAACGACUCCAACAGCACCGCUACCAGCAGCAGCACCACCAACACCUCGGGUGCACCGGUGGAUCUGGUCAAGUCGCCACCGCCGCCGGCAGGAGCGGGUGCCGCAGGAGCAGCCGGCAAAUCCGGCGAGGAUGCGGGCACUCCCAUCGUCUGGCCGGCGUGGGUCUACUGCACCCGCUACAGCGAUCGCCCCAGCUCAGGUCGAAGUAAGUACAAAAAGGACGUCGAACAGGACUCAGUGAACUGGAAACUCGGGAUCGAUAUAAUGGUUCCAUAGUUCGUCCAAAUGGGUCAAGGUUUCAUGAUUGCAGCUGUGACUGAGCUGAUAGCUAAGUUUAUUGAUAUUAUUACCAAUUUAAGGGCUGGCCGACAUUUGGAGCAUAUUAGUUUUCCCGAAAACAAAAUUGGCCUUCCUUACAGGCUCAGAAUGAUAUUAUAUUCAUUAAUUAAUUAUUAAGCUGACAUAUUUUAGCGGCAUGUAGCGAAAUAAGAUAAGCUCUUAAAGCCCUUUUGCAACACCAAACUGCUCGCAAGAUACAAAUUCAUUUGCAGUCACUCACAAACACCUUAUGAUAGAUGGAGCUCCCAAAUUACAAAAUACUUGCCACAUAUUUGAGCUUCGUUUCGAACAUCUUGUGGUCACUUGACUUGGCUCUUCUUCGACCAAAAUAUUCCCAUUAGUGAAACCUCAUAAUUGCUUCAUCUUUCGCUUUCCAUUUGCACUUCGCUCACAGUUUUCCCAACUAUUUCCGCAACGGGCCAAACUUUGAAACCCCCUUUCGAAUGGCAUUCUAUUUGGCCAUCUUCGGCCAACUUUUGGGCCAACCCACAUCAAGUGUAGCAAUUCUCCGCGCCUGUCCGCCCCGAAUGCUGUUAAUUAAAUCGAAGACAACUCAAGUCGCUUCGUGGGGGUGUUUUUGGGGUGUUAUCCUUCGGGAAAAUUAGCCACAGUCAAAAGUCAUUGCGUUGAUUACUUUUUGAAAAUGACGCGAGCGAAUUUCCGGCCGACAACUUUAAUUGUUUUAGCUGGUAAACUUUGAAAACUUGGGGGUUGGGGCCGUAGCACGUCUGGGCGCAUUUAAAUGUGAAUUAA